CACCUGGCGGUUGGGUGCGAGCGGGGGCCGAGCCGGGGCUGGGCCGUGGCCGUGGGGCAGUCCGGCCUCCGGAAGACCCGGGCUCCCGGGCUAUGGGCGGGCAGUGCGGCGCUGGAGGGUGGCACUUGCGUUUCCCCUCGUCCCUUCCAGGCCCCGCAGUGCUCCCUGCGCGCCCGAGCUCGCAGAGGGCCCCGGGGCUGCGGGCGCCGUGAGUAUCGCUGGGGCGGAGGCGCCGGGUCCCUCGAGCAUGGCCACGCAGCUGUUCGAGGGGAAAGGACACGCCGCCGUCUACCAGAAAUACAGGUUUGCUCCCGGCGAAGAACUGCAGCAAACCAUCCUCUCCUACGUGAGGGAAAAGAGGACAAACCCCGUCGAACUGGUAGUGGACGUGGGCUGCGGGUCGGGACAAGGCACUCGCUUCCUGGCGGAGCAUUUCCGGAAGGUGGUGGGAGCGGACAUCAGCGAAGCUCAGAUCCAGGAGGCCAGAGAUGCGCCGUCCCCUCCGAACUUGUCUUACCUCGUGUGCCCUGCAGAGGAGCUGCCAUUUGAGGAUGGCUCGGUGGACCUCCUUACUUCAUUUACAGCCGUCCACUGGUUUGAUAUUGAGAAGUUCAUGAAAGAAGUGAACCGUGUUGUUAAGCCACGUGGUUGCGUGGCUCUCAGCACCUACACUGCGGACAUGAGUCUGCGCUAUGGACACUGCUCCGAAAAGCUGACUGAAAUCUUCAGAGAGACCACAGACCUUAUUUUUAAGUAUGCGCAUACUAGAGUGAAGCAUGUCUUGGAAGACUACAAAGAGAUAUUUGAGGCCUUACCAUUUCAAGACAAGAAGAGAAUCACUGAUAUCUUCGAUAAAAUUCCCAUGACAGUUGCUGGUGUGGUUGGUUACUUUGAGUCUUUCUCUCCGUAUCAAGCCUACAUGAAGGAUGACCCUGAAGCUGCCAAAACCCUCCUCCAGGAAACUGAAAAGAGGUUCCUGGACACGAUGGGAGUUUCCUCUCGGGAAACCCCGCUGGAGUUCUGGGUCAGGCACGUCUGCAUCCUAGGGUGCAAGGGGCCGUGAAAGGAAAACCCUUCGGCUGGAUGAAGGAGAGGAAAAAAUGUGGGUCUCCUUCUAAUACCCUCGUUGUAACCACUCAUAUUCCUUGGGAAAGAUUGACAGUGAUUUUUUUUUUUUUUCUUGUGACUAAAAUUCUCAUCUUCUGUGGAAAGUAGACAUAGGUUUAAUGUCUACUCUUAGUCCAUAACAGCCUUCCUGUGGUGCCUGCUCAAGGAGACGGCCUCGUCCUGCCCGGUGCUGCCACUGGAGACAACCAGUUUCCAGCUGCGGCUGUCGGACUGCGCAGGGGAGGAGCAUCACAGCCACAGCUGAGAAACGCGCGGAUUAUCUUGGGCGAUAAAAAAGAAAUUGUUGAAAAAUAAAGCUGUAUGUGUUUCCUUUUUAA